AUGUACCAAGCAGUCGAUCUGUGUACCAGCAAGGGGCCAUGGGAGGUUGUAUGGAAGACCGUAAGGCUUGAGUGUCAUGGUACUGAAGCCUUAGAAACAUCUUGUCACAGAGUGAAGAAAGAUGAAACAGGAGAUAGCAUAUCAAGAGGAAACUCCUUCCAUGGAGAAGGAAGAGAAGAAACUGAAAUUGAGAUUGAACGAGAAUCUUCUCUUGAUUAUGAUGGUGAUGAAGAAGGAGAAGAAACUGAAGAUUAUGAGGAAGAAUGUAGUGAACAGCAAGAUUUAUUUAGUGAAGAUCUGAACAAUAACAAGAUUGAACGUAAAACUGGUGUGCAAGAGUGGCCAGAUGGGUCUAGCUAUAGAGGACAAUUUGCAUUUGAUCUAAAGCUUGGAUAUGGAGAAUUUGCGUGGGACAAUGGUGAGAGAUAUGUUGGGCAAUUUUAUAAAGACCACCGUCAUGGCAGAGGGGUUUACUUUUGGCCUGAUGGCUCUAAAUUUACAGGGUCGUUUUAUCUUAGCCGUAAAGAAGGCUAUGGGACCAUGGAAUUUAAUGAUGGAAGAAGAUUUCAGGGGCUUUACAAGGCUGAUGAGCGUUUUGGACCGGGAAUUGAAACUCAUCCAGACGAUAGUCAAGAUGUUGGUUUGUGGCAUCGAAGCCAUAUAAUUAAAUUGUGUACAGAAAUGUCUGGAUAUUUUACUCUUUCGGAUUUUCCAGAACUCAGUCUAUAUUUUGAUGCUGAGUCCAAUAGAGAGUAUAUUUCAGAGGAGAGCAGUACAAAGUGGGAUCUGAAUGAGGAGAAUGACCCAUUUUUCUACGACUACAAGCAUCUUCUUUUAAAUGAUGAUAGCUACACAUUGCCUGAAAAUAUGUACAUAUACUCAGUUGAUGCAGAUCAUCUUCCUCUUCCUCGUUCUUUCCUGAAAGAGUUUGAUUUCCAGUAUUUUAAGAAAAGGAAAUGGUUGGCUUAUGAAAAACUAUGGCCUAUAACGAAUAUAACACCUUUUCUGAUCAGGAUGCAGAAACACACAUAUAGAUAUAGGCAUUGUCAGAAGGACAUAGACUGGGAUGCUAAUUUAAUUCUGGAAGGCCACCGGAAUGGCUUUGGAGCCAAAGGUCUCAAAGAGCUUGCUGCCGAGGAACUGAUUGAGAAGUCAGGAGAAGGAGAUUAUAAUAGAGUUUGUGAGCUUCUCAGGGACAACCUGGUCAACCCAGACAUAGCGGAUAUACAUGGAUAUACUGCCCUUGCUGCUGCUGCUCUGAAUUACCAGGAUGACAUCAUCAACCUCCUUCUUGAUAGUGGGGCUGAUGUGAAUAAAUGCAGCGAUGAGGGAUUAUCAGCUCUAUCUAUGAGCAUUAUUCAUUAUUUCCCAGCAGAAUCUUUUCAGUCCAAUAUUGCUGAAAGGAUCACCAGUAGAAGAGAGGUACCAGAAGCCAUAGAAGAAAUAUCUACAGUCUCUAUAGGAUUUUCACAAUGCGAGGAUUCUCAGCCAUCUCAAGCUAGUACCUACAACAAAAUGUCUUCAAGUGCCAGCCAUGCAUCACCUGCUGAACUCCCUACUGAAAAAGCAGAAUUUGUCGCGGAUGUAGAGGUUAAGUCAUCAGAAGAUACAGAGGAAACUAUUGGAAGAAAGAGCUCUGGGACAAUUUGUGGUAUUUACAAUUUCAAGAUUAAGGUUUCACCAGAAACCAUGCACCGUGGUGCCGUUGUUCUUAGCCACCACAUGUUAAAAGUAUCUGGCUUACCUGACAAUGAGAUUGUCCAUCAUGAAGGCACCGUGAGAAGAAUGGCAGUAUCGAUAACAGAGCACAAAAGGAGACUGGAUACAAUCAAAGUGCUCCUAAGAAGAGGUGCUGAUCCUAAUAUGUGCAGUAUUCCUAUGUAUGUCCUCUUCUUUGCUGUUAAAGCUGCAGAUCCCAAAGUAGUGAAAAUACUUCUAGAAGCCGGAGCAAGGACUGAUAUACGACUUCCAUCCAGACUUGGAGGCACAGCUCCUCUUCAUAUUGCUGCUGCCCUUCCUGGUGAAGAAGGAAUUGAAAUAACAGAAUUACUACUUCAUUCAGCUACAAACCCUGACAUAAGGGCAGAAGAUGGGGAUGAUAUAUAUACACCAGACAGGGCUACUGUCAAGAACGAGCUCACAGAAGCAGGAUCUAUAAUUAAAAUGAAUAAUGAAACCGGACCACCCAAAACCUACCAUGAGGAAUGUACCAUUAUCCCAGAGGAUGGUGGGAGGACAGCUCUUCAUAUUGCCUGUGAGAGGACAGAUAAUUUUAAGCAAGCGGCCGAAGUGAUUCAUGUUCUUUUAGAACACAAUGCAAAUCCAAAUGUGCUGUGGAGUGGUCAUUCCCCUCUUUCUCUGGCGGUCGCUACUGGAAAUGAUCAGGCAGUAGCUGAGCUCCUGGCUGCUGGAGCUGACCCAAAUAUGCCAUUAAGCCAAGCUAUUGGAAGUGCUCUGUGUGCUGUUACUAACCCUGCAUAUGAACACAACAGGACAUUAGCAAAUAAGAUGGCUCUGAUUAAUACUCUAAUAGCAAACGGUGCGGACAUGUUGAUGCCAAUUACUAUUGGGGAUGAGACUAGAAGUGCAGUGGGAACAGUAGUGGACUAUGCAUGUUUCAAAUACUAUCAGGAUAAGAGACUAUUACGGACACCAUUCCACGCUCUAUCACAAACAGAGCGGGAUACCUUCAGUAGUCGCAGAAAGUUGUUGGAAUUUCUUAGUGAACGGCUUCGUGAGUCUGUCACGUUGAAGGAAAAACAAUGGGAUAAAGAGGAACUUCGAAAACUCAAAAUGGGACCAAAAAAAAGAUCUGUACCUGGGCCUGUUGUGUUACCAGAAACAGAUACAUCAAGGCCGCUCUUCUUUAAAUAUUGCUACCAGUGUGGGCGAUCAGUCGGUGUAAUCCUCUCACCUUGUAUGCGCUGUUUUGAGAUCUUCACCUGCAGCAAGUCCUGUAAAGCAAAGGCUUGGAACGAGCGCCAUAAACGAGAGUGUUUACUAGCAGCUCGGCAGCGUAAGUCUAGUCGGGCAGCAAAAGUCAAAGGGACUCCUCAAUCCAGGAAGCCGAAGGACGUAAGAGAAAGCAAAGACAUAUCAGCCAGUCUUAAAAAGAAGGAUGGAAAAGAGUCAUUGAAAGACGAUACGUCAAGAAGAAGAAGCCCUGAGAAGAGUAGCAGUCGUGCAGAUCUCCCUUACACUGGGAACUAUAGUUUCAUUUAAAUGCCGGUACUUUGUCCUGGUAUUGCUCAACUGUAAUUUGAUGUGGGAAAUGCUAUAUAAGGGAGGAUGGGGGAAAAUGGAGAGUAGAAAAUAUAACUGAGGAAACCCUGCAUUCUUUUGUCAGUGCUGAAAAUCUCUUAUUGCAUUUAAAGUUAUGCCAGGUAACUUUAUUCAUGGACAUAGUAGUGAAAUGCCUUUAUCUUUCCAAAGUCAGUUCUUCUACGCAAGCAUGGAACUCAAACUUUCCACAUUUAAAGAAUUUUGAAAUAAACACCAGAUCACCAGAUGUUAAUUUGGGAUUUUGUGUUGAAUCUCCUGGAGAUGCAACACAGAAGCAAUUAAAAGGCAAAAUCCCCUUGUUAUUUUUCAACCACUGUCAUGUCCUCCCGAUUACUGCAACUUCUGGUAUAGCACUGAUACUCCUGAAGGGCUUUCUUUCAUAGGGUAGUCUAUUCCUGGCUGCCACUUGGUGUGCUAUACAGUCACCAUAGCAAUAUGGACUCGGCCUAGCAGUUGAUGGUUCUCAUUGGAACUGUUCUCA